AUGACAGCUUGCAUGACCUGUGGCUCAAGUCUUCCCAGUUUGCACCUCUCUUGUGCUGCAUUCCUCAGGUAUUUUGCCGCCAUGGCUGAGGAGGAAGGGCAGGAAGUCAUUUUCACCGAAAACACCGCGCCGGACAGAGAGAUUUGGGAUGAGAAGGGUGGUCUGAUCAAGAAAGGUGCAGCUGAAAUUGCUGAGCGCGAUCAGGAUCAUGUGCCUGAAGUCAAGGUUUUGACCACUCUAGGCAUGUUCGCCGUGCCCGUGACUGCAGAGACCACAGUGGGUGAGAUCCGUCAAAAAGUGCAGGAGUGGAAGCCGGAGUAUUCCUUGGAGCAAAUUGAGCUCGUUUGCAAAGACAAAGAUGCAUGGGGGCCUCUCUUCAACAAGACCUCCCGCCCAAGGGAUGAUGAUGAGACAGUCGAGUCAUUGUGGAGCGAUUGGGACAUUCCCCGCCGUAUGAUGCAGGUUGCUCUCUGGAUCAAGGAGAAGAAUGAGGAGACAGGUGAGUGGGAGAGUACCUUUUGGAAAAUGUUGGAGGAGAGCAAAUGUGAUGACUGGAGCUUCCAAGGUCACACCAUUUGA